UCCUCAUGAGGGGGCAAAAGGACAGUUUUUUUUUUUAACCGGGCUUCAUACCCACAUCCUGCAGUCUGCUCAUGAUCUGCUCUUGUCCCCUGAAGCGGUGCGACUCCACUAACGACAACAUGUCCCGGUGAAUAGCCUACAAGACCUUCGAUUAGAUUGGUCUUCUCUGAUCAACUUCCUGGCCUCUGCGAACGGGCUGAUUGUCCCUUCAAUGGACACGCUUGUCUUGGCUGGUGAAGAUGGUAUAUUUCAAGAAUAAUCAGGGAUGCUGUUCUGUGAGUGAAACAAGCUGUUGGUAACAUGGGGAAUAACUCUGGAAAAGAACGACAUGGAUCUGCAGGCACUGCCGUGGACACGUAUGAAACACCUCCUGCCUCGCCGUAUAGUGUUGUUUCUGCCUGUUCGCCAACCACUCAGCUGGUGUCCAUUUCCAACUAUACAAGCACAGCCAACCCUAAAACGGCCCAAGACACUCUGAGUUCCACUGAUCUGAAUGAUGAGCAAUUGCCGGACUGCAAAACUGGGCCUGCAAAAGAGGCUGAGGAUGGAUUUAAGAUGACAGAAUCACCUAAGCAGGUGUCUCAUCCUUCAGGUGUGUAUGUGAAUGGAAUCACAGAAGUGGACCCAAAACUCCUACAGGAGUGUUUGAACACACUGCAGCUCAACAACAUUGAAGAAUCCACAUAUAUACUGAACGAUCUGUUAAAAUGUUUUCUGGUGGAGAGGCAGAAGAUGAAGGAGGAAUUGAGAAGUUGUAAAGAAAAGAUUCAGACAGAACGUGAGGAGUGGCAGCAAUUCCAGUCUGACCUGAAGGUGGCGCUAGUAGUUUCAGACAGACUGAGGGCAGAAGCUGAGGAAGAGCUAAAUACUUUAAGAGCAGCAAGACAGGACAUGGAAACACAGCUAUCCAAUGCUUUGCAUGGUCGCCAGGAGUUCGAAAGUCAAUUGGAGAGCCUCAGAGCUGAGUUGGAGCAAAGCAAGCAGAAACUGAAGCAGGUCACAGCCAGCCACCAGGGGGCUCCAGUGAGGAGGGGCCUAGAGAAACAAGAUCAACUGUUGACAGAUGAGUUCAAGGGAAAAAGAGAAAUGCAUAUCUCUGGUACUACAGAGAGGUCAAGGAGCCUGUGUCGACUGCCCUCAGAUUACCCUGAUGUUGUUGUAAAUGGUACUUCCCUACCCUCAGUUACUAAGACAACAGAAUCUACUUCUCAGAGCAAGGCUCAAGCAGCAAGUUUAGACCAACAGAGCAACAAGACCAGCUCCAAUAGAGAUAAGAAUGUGGAGAAAUCAGUCCUACAGACAUACAACUCUUCAGUUUUAGAUGUGACAAAUAAGAUCAACAGGACAAGGACACAGGAGGAUUUCCCAUCAGGACUCAGGACGCUGAGGCUUCAUGGCAGCUCCAGGCGGAACUCCCUGCUUCGCUGGUGUCAAGGCAGAACUCAGAGAUACAAGAAUAUUGAGAUCACAAAUUUCAGCAGCUGUUGGGUGGAUGGUUUGGCCUUCUGUGCAAUUUACCACAGUUACCUCCCCUCUCACAUACCAUAUGACAAACUCAGUCCAGAGAAUAAGAGAGAGAAUCUCACUCUAGCAUUCCAAACUGGAGAAGGUUUUGGAAUCUCUGCCUCACUGACGGUGGAGGAGAUGCUAAUAGAUGAAGCACCGGACUGGCACAGAGUCCUGGAAUACGUAGAGAGUAUCUACCGCCAUUUUGAGAUGUAAGACUGUGAAUAUAUACACAUCCUGAUCAUUCAUAGUGAUCACGAAUGCUUUCAAAAUUCCACCACAGCAUUAGUAUGUGCUCUGAGGGGAGAACACAACUUCAAGCAACCUUAAAGUGGACCGAAAGUUCGUCUUUAGCUGUUGGUCUGGGAUCAGAUUUAUAUAUAUUUUUUAUAUAUAUAACUAAGAGGUUUGUGAAAGAGACUCUAGAUAAGAAGGUUUUGCUGAUUAGCAUGACCUGCUAACACUGCCACGUAUUCUGACUUUUAUAUAAUGAAGAGCUUUCAAAUGAACUUAAGUGUUUGUGGCUUUUCUUGCGCCAUUAACCAAUCAGCACUGAGGCCAAAGAUGAAUCAAACUGGUUCCUAACUUGUGGGGGUCCUGCAUUCAUCCCACUGAAAUUAACUGGAGUGCUAUUUAAAAGCUUGUCCUAGUAUUAUAGAUCUCCCGAGGAGCUCUUGAGAACGGCUGGAUGUCUGUGUCUCUGUAAAGUAGGGUGAGGAGCGUCCAUCAAAUGACUGUUUAGUUAACCUUUCUGCCCUCUGUUGGUUUUCAUGUGUUAUUGCAGGUUUCAAUUUGUCUGUUUGCCAUUUGGUUCUUUUUUAAUUCAGGAUCUUAUACAGUAAGACCUGGACUACAGUGGAUAUCUCAAAUCACAGAAAUCAUUACUCCUGUAUGUGUGCAAUGUUUUUUUUUUUUCUGUGAUGUUAAAGCCUGGUUAAGGAUCCAUGCUGAUUAUUUCAGCAGCUGUAAUAUCAUCAUUUUUGUUUUCUUUGAGCCCCAAAACCAUCAGACACCAAAGUACUAUUAGUGUGAUGUAGAUAUUAAAGGAAAAUAAGAGUCCAAAGGUAAGCAUUAAUAAAUAAAUAUUUUGAUUA